AGAACCCUGUGGAACAUCAUCUCCAGCUCCGUUCUCACUCUUUUCGCAUGCAUAUACACAGCCAUCUAUCCAAAUAUUCCGAGUCCUAAGGACAGCCCAUUGCGCAUCCUAUGGCGACGACUUGGCAUCGUGAUAGCGGCACUAAUCGCUCCUGAACUGAUCGUCACAUGGGCUAUGUGCCAGUGGUUCAGUGCUCGUCAAAAUCAGACUCAUCUGACAAAUACCAGAUGUGCUUGUUCUCUUUGA